AUGGCUAGCAUAGAGUCAAAUUCAAGUGGUGAGAAAGUAAUGGACAUAGAUUCAAUUGACCGGGAAAAAGCUCACAGGUCAAAUCCAACUGGUGAAAAAGAAAUCGACAUAGAUUUAAUUGACCGGGAAAGAGCUCACAGUCGGAUCAGAUUCGCUGGUGAAAAUAAUGAAUAUGUAAUCAUAAAUGGACAGCAGAUUCGUCGUCAUGUUUUGGUAUGGUCAAAUCCUAAGUAUGAAUACGGAAACGGUGCUGCUGUCGGUCUAGCAUCGUUCGCUUUAAGUGCUGUUGUGCUUGGUCUUUACCUUGCUCAAGCAAAGGAUAUUAAAAUUCCAAAUGCAAUUGUAAGUCUUGCAUUCAGUUAUGCUGGUAUAGUAGAAUUCUUAGCUGGUGCUUGGGAAUUGGUAAAUGGAGACACAUUCACUGGAACGGUUUUCACUAGUUUUGCGGGGUUUUGGCUCUCAUUUGCAUCAAUUUAUAUACCAUCUUUUGGAAUCUUGGACGCUUAUGCAGAUGAACCAGAGCAAUUGGGAAAUGCAAUUGGUUUCUAUUUGAUAGGAUGGGGAAUUUUUUCUAUCAUGUUAACAUUUGUUGUAAUGAAAGCUACUUGGCCAUUGCUUGCCGUGUUUGUAUGCUUGGAUUUGACAUUUUUCCUUGUCGGUUUUGCCAAUAUAAAUGGAAGCACUAACCUUCAGAUAGCUGGAGGUGUUACAGUAACCAUUGCCGGAGUUUUGGCAUGGUAUAUUAUGUACUUUUUCAUGUGCAACAAAGGCAACACUUAUUUGAUUGCUCCAACGCUAGCACUUCCAGUUUUCCAUUCGAAAUAA